ACAGAUUGUCCGCAGAGCAGUAGUAUUGAAACGAAGAGGAUUGAUUUGGCCACGCGAGUCUAUUUAAUAUUAUUUUUGAUACAGGCUGAAGUGUUCGUUGUUAAGUACAACUGUUUUAUAACCUUUUUGGUAAAAAAAACAAACCCUCCAGAGCGUCAUUCCGGUGUGUUUCUCAUCCAUUCAGAAGUAACCUUAUUAGAAAUGUCCACUAGAAUCGACUUUGCUGAUGAAAGUUGCGUUCUUGCUCACGCUGACACAGAUGAAAUGGAAUCGACCCCUUCUGAACUGAACGUUGAUAAUCUUCACAAAGGUGUGCUGUCGGAGCUGUCGACUAUAUCGUCAGUGUCAGUUUCUGCUCAGGCUGAGCAGGCUGAUAACGCAGAGCAGCGUCAGUUAAAAGUCUACCUGAGAGUGAGGCCGUUUUCCAAAGGAGAGCUUGCAAAUGAUGAGGAUCAGGGUUGUAUAGUUUUGGAAAAUGCUGAGGUGGCUGUGCUGCGAGCUCCUAAAGAAUCUUCAUCCAUGAAGAGCAGUGAGAAAGGGGUGGGGCAAUCCAUACACAAGUUUUCAUUUUCUCAGAUCUUUGGACCCGACACAACUCAGACUGACUUCUUCAAAGGCACAGUAAGGGAGCUGGUAUACAAUUACCUGGAUGGAGGAAAUGCUUUGGUUUUUACCUAUGGGGUGACCAAUGCUGGAAAAACACAUACAAUCCAAGGUUCUGAAAACGAUGGUGGCAUAUUGCCGAGGUCUCUUGAUGUGAUCUUUAACCAUGUGAAAGGGAGGCAAUACCAGCAUAUGGAUUUUAAACCUCAUCUAAGCAGUGAUGUUCAGUAUUUGGACAGCAAUCAAGUCAAACAGGAGAAAUCUGCAAAGGCUGCUGUUUUUGCCAUGUUAAAAGAGGAAAACGACCGCUCAACGAAAUCAAACACAAGUGCUGCAAGUCAUGCAAGCCUUUUAAAGUCUACAUCAAAUGCCAGUUUGUCAUUUUCUUCAGUAUCCUAUGAUCAGACAGUGGAGGCAGACUCUUCAUUGAGUGGAGGGGAGCCUUUCCAGUUUGCAGUGUGGGUCUCUUUCUGUGAAAUUUAUAAUGAAUAUGUCUAUGACUUGAUGGAGCCUUUGCCCACAUCUAGAAACCAUAAAAGGAAUGCUUUAAGAGUGUGUGAAGACCAUUCUGGAAACUCCUAUGUGAGAGAUUUGAAGUGGAUCAACAUAUUUAACACAGAAGAAGCUUGCAAAAUCUUAAAGAUCGGAAACAAAAACCGAAGUGCCGCAUGCACCAGAAUGAACCAGACGUCCAGUAGAAGUCAUGGUAUAUUUUCAGUUAAGCUUCUGAGAAUUGAUGGAAAACAAGUCCAAAAAAUUUCUGAACUUUCUCUAUGUGAUUUGGCUGGAUCUGAAAGGUGCAACAAAACAAAGACUUUUGGAGAGAGGCUAAAAGAAGCUGGAAACAUUAAUAACUCUCUGCUUAUUCUGGGCAAGUGUAUCGCUGCCCUGCGACAGAACCAGAACCCCAAGGUGAAGAAUAACUAUGUUCCCUUUCGGGAGAGCAAACUGACACGUCUGUUUCAGUCCAUUUUCUGUGGCAAAGGCAGAGCCUGUAUGAUUGUCAAUAUAAACCAGUGUGCUUCUACCUUUGAUGAAACUCUUCAUGUGAUGAAAUUUUCAGCUGUAGCCAAACAGGUGGUACAAGUAAUUCGGCCCAAGCCAUUGGCGAGUAUAGCUCCCAGACUAGUGGGUAAGGAUGGUAAAAUGCUGUUGAGACAUGCAAUUGUUGAAGAGGAGGCAAUGGAUAGUUUAUUGUUGGAGGAAGAAUUGCUUAAUGAAGAGGACAGUGAAGCAGAUAUGUCCAUCCUGCCUCAGGAGGAACUUCUGAACAUCAUUGAGAGCCUCAAAGAAAAACUGGUUGAAGAAAGGCGGAAAAACUUGAAGCAGGAGAUAGAAAUCCGUCGAGAGAUGGGCAACGCGAUGCUUGAACAGCUAAUGGAGAAUGAAGAGAAUUGGGACAAACAGGUUGAAGAAUUAAAGGAGAGCUAUGAAGAGAAGCUGGAGAACACUUUUGACAUGUACAAAGAUGCCAUCAAGCAACAUGCUUAUCAGCGCGCAAUGGAAGAGGUAGAGGACAACUAUGUCCCUAUAGAGGAGUUUCUUGCUGAACAAGAAAAAGUCGUGGAGUUGGAGAGAAAAUAUACAGAAAUGGAGAAUCUAAAAGCCUUUCAGAGAAACCCCUCUGAAGCUGAAUCUAUGGAUGGUGCAAAUUCCCUACAAUCUGCCACAAUUGCUCACAAAUCUGAGGCGAGGUACAAGGAACUCUGGGAGGCAAAUUCAUCAUCAGCAAAACUAUGUGAAGAAAAAGACCAGGUUAUAAAGUCCAUGGAGAAGAUGAUUAAAGCCCUGAAUGAAGCCAUCCAGGAGGCAGGAGAUAACUUUUUGGAAAAAGUGGAAGAGAAUAAGAGGCUUGAGGAGAAAAUAGCUCAACAGGAGGAGGAAAUGAAAGAACUGCACAGAAGCUGUACUGCGCAGGAAGCAUUGCUAUUAGAGCUUCGGGUACAAUUUGAAAUGAGCAAAAAAUGCACCCAGGGAGGCACUGGUGAACCUAAAGCGAAGAAAGGCAUACUUGCCAACUUAAGAGCCACUGUUGGCUCGCCUGCUAAACUAUCCAAGAAAACUGUUGCAGGCACGUCAAGCUCUACCAGAAAGAGGGGCCUGUUCAAGUAAAUGGUGGUAAUAUGUGUAUAGAUUUUGUUUUUAAUGUUUGUCUUCUCAAAAUUGCAAUAAAUAUUUAAGUUUU